AUGCCUCAUGAUUUUUCAUCCGACUAUACCUCUCAUUCAUCUUUAGCUGUACAUCAAGAAAACUUUUGCAGCGAAAUAAAUGUGGAAAAAGAAAAUAUUGGCACCUUUGGAUUUUUUAUCGGUUGCCUAGGUUCACCUGCAUGGGAAACCAGGAUCAAGUCCAAGGUCGACAAGGAAGCUUGGAAACAACAACGAACAUCUAGUUUUUUGUAUGAAUUGCACAGGGAAUCAAAGGAGCGCCUCUCUCGCGCCACAGCAGCUAUUCACGACCACAGCAGUAACGCGAAUCCUGCCGCCUACCACCGGAGGCCUCUGUCACGCUCCUUCCUAGAAAUAGCUAAUACUGAAGAAUCUAGUCAACCACGCGGGAAAAAUUGGAUCGCAAGCCCCAGGUCGCUUCGCAUACUUACAUAUCCUGUAAAAGCUCAUCCAGUGAAACCUGAAGCUUGCUUGGUCAGGCGAAGAUCUAUGCCAAACUCCGGUAGUACAGAACGAUAUACUGUUCCAGGAGACUUUGGCGAAACGGUUUGCAUUCAGGGACUUUUUUCCGGAACUAUUGCGAAAGCCUGCAGCCGUAUAUCGUCGAACAGUAUUCUAGAUGGAAAUGCAUCUUUACGUCUCGUGGGUCCGACCAUAGGCACCGAAAUUCCGUCUCCAUCAUUAUCUGGCUCUUUGUUUUCUUCUCUCACCGUCACUCGUAGCCCUUGUCUAUAUGAGCUGCACUCAAAGCCUCAAUGCGCAUCAAUCCUUCCGGCGUUACCAACCCUUUCUAAUUAUGCUGUAAAUCGUUCAGAUAAUUCAAACGUAGUCUUCAAUUCUGUUCUGACUAGCAUAUCUCAUCCUUAUGCGCAAGCGUCACCUCUCCUUUCAACACGUCUAUCGCCAAAAGUGAAACCCACCCAGAAAUUUAUAUCAAGCGGCAAAAUCUCCCCUCCACACAACAUGGAUAUUGGUAUACUGGAGCCUGUCAGCGUCGAAAUAUGCAAUAACACUCCAGUGCUCGACGAUGCUCCCGCCACCGAUAUGGCCAAUGGGGACACCUCACCCGCUGAACACCAACCCCUGUCAUUAGAUUUCACUUUGACUCAGCACCGCGUAUCGCUGAUCGAAGGCUCUUCUCCUCUUCCUGCUUUUACAUGGUCGCCCACUCCAAUUGCAUUUGCAGUGCAACACCCCAAUAACAACUCGAAACACAGAAAAACCGGGAUUUCCAGCGCAAGAAAGGCCUCCAUUAUAAGUGCAUCUCCUUUAAGAAGAGUAGUACUUUCCGAUAAUGUAUCACAAAAGAGCCAAGUCGCUUUCAUUGAUGAUGAGGACAAGGAAAACCGCCCAGAAAUUCGAAGGGGAGAAGACACCUUUGCAGGUCGUACUGGCCGGACCAUAGGUUUAUAUUCAUCGGGAUCGAACAAGCGCAGGAGAACCUUACCCAUACCGCCGCGGACCUCACCCAGAGUCUCCGUAGCAGGUUCUCUCGUAGGUGCAGCGAGCCGAAAGUCAAGUACACGAAGCAUCAUUACUCGUCACUCCCGGGCAAGAUCAGGAGCUGAACAAACACGCACUCCAAAAUCUGUGUUCGAUGCCACAUCCCCUUCAUUGUCGGAAAUUGAUAUUGGCAUGCUGGGACUGGAUCGAUUUACUCGUCUGCAAGGUGACCGUGAAGAAGAGUACGAAAACCGUGCAUCUUAUAUCAGUAAAGAUGAUACUGGCAUGGGACUAGUUUCGUUCUGGGACGAAGGUGGUUGGCUACAAGAUAACGAACCAUGGUAG